UCUGUUCAGACUUGAAAAACUAGACCGGCCUGGCAACCCCAAAAUAGGUUCCACGCGCGAACAGUAGGCAUCCUCUUUACCCCAUGAUAAUUAUUGCGCUAUCUCUUAUCAUGCCGUAGGUAGAUAACGAUACCAUCGAUCAUCUCCGAUCGGUAUCGAUCGUUCCCCAUAUUCACCACUGGCCCCAUCGUAUCACUAAGAAUACGAGAGGCAGUCAGUUCAAUUUCAACCGCACACUGUAUCGCGUCGGACACAAUUUACGUAUAAUAAAUCGGUCGAGCUAGGAAGUGUUGUUUCGAUAAACAAAUGUUAGAAACAUUUUGGUCCUUCGAGCCGGAUGACCGUUGGACGAUCGAAUUGAAAUUGGGCAAAUUGCCUUGUGAACUCCGGUGCCUGUGAACAAUAACACGCCGGUCAGUGACCCGACCGUAGUGCAAUUAGCGCGAUCAAAAUCGCCAUAGUGAUCUGUGGCUCAACCGAGCGAAGAAAACCAUAGGAAAUUGAAUGGGAUUGCAUGCCAUCGUGCGCUGCUGCUAGCCUGAGUGCACAUCGUAGCAAGCCAACGACGACGGACAGCGGUGGAUCUACGCUUGGCGAAAUUGGAGUCAUCUGGUGGAGAUCGAGAUUCAACGAACCAGGACGUGCUGUAGGAUAACAGGGAAGUAAACUUGCAUGUGAUCUGUGGUGGCGCCAUGCAUGCGGUGCACACUGGCAAUUGUAGAGAAGGAUGGAAUAAAAUGGUGGUUUGAAAAUUACUGUUUCAUUUGCAUGCGAAUUUGUGUCCCUGAAGUCUAUGACGGUUGGUCUUUGGUUCUGCUGGCAAACUUUCGGCUUGUUCUUCACCUGGUCGGCUCCCCUCCUCGCAGUCAGCAUUAUUGGUCGUUCUGUUCUCUGUCAAUCGUGGGCCGGAGGGUUGAGUCGCGAAUCGCGGAGGUCGUGUGAAUGUGCACAGUGGUCCAGAAAGCAGAUCUGAAAGUGGUUAAAAGUGACUUGAAAACUUUGAACUGCAGUGUGAAUAGUGUCCAAUGAUACAGCAAUAAACGAAAAGGCAACCAAUUUUGAACGUUGAAAAGUGGUUCGAGAGUGCUAAAAUGACCAGUGAAUUAAAGGAAUUAAAGUCGCAGCAACGGCAGGUGCGGAGUACGUUUGAAGGUGUGAAGCAGUUCAUCCUGAAGUACAAGCGGGAGAAGCAUGAGACCCAAAUCGCAACCAGGAUGGAAAUAUUGGAGGAAGCGAUGAAGAAGCUGUAUGUGCUGCGACGAAAAAUCGAGGUGCUCACGGAAGAAGCUGAUGAGCAGGAGUUUUUGGGCUCAAAGGAGGAACCUGCGGAACUGAAGGCUCGCUUGUCUGCUCUCGUCGAAAAGCGUCAGCUCGAGAACAGCGCUGUCAUCCAGCAAGCUGAAGACACGUACUGUGAGCUGAAAUCGGCACUUCAGAACUUGCGCCCUAAUGAAUCAGCUACACCGUCAGUUCAACCCAGACCCACUGCCUUGUCUACGGUCAAACUACCAGAGAUUCGGCUCCCCAGUUUCGGCGGCAAAAUCCGAGAUUGGGUAACGUUUCGAGACAUGUUUAGAAGUCUGAUCCACCGUAAUCAACAGCUGACGGACAUCGAUAAGUUUACUUAUCUCAGAUCGUCACUUGAAGGCGAAGCGCUCCGGGAGAUCGCAAUGAUUGAAAUUACCGCUGCAAACUACAUCAUUGCCUGGGAAAUGCUGCAGAAACGGUAUGAGAACAAGAAACUAAUUGUCAAGGCUCAUAUCGACGCUCUAUUCGCAGUAGAACCGCUGAAACGAGAAAAUUACGAGGCAUUGUGUCAUCUCAUCAGCGAGUACGACCGCAAUCUUCAAAUGCUGGACAAAAUCGGCGAAGACACCCCGAAGUGGAGUACAAUCCUUGUACACAUGGUGUGCUCCAGACUAGAUGCCGCCACCCUACGAAAUUGGGAAACUCACUAUGGUUCCACGGAGGUCCCAACGUAUGACCAGUUAAUGGAGUUCCUACGCAAGCAUUGUGCUGUACUACAGUCGAUAGUCCCAGCAAAGCCCGCUCAAGUCGAAGUGAAGAAGCCAAAAUUCACCGUGAGUCACGCUCAAACUUCCGCUCCAAAUUCCACCCGUUGUCCAUUCUGCUCGGAAGAAAUGCAUUCAGCCUUCAAAUGCCAAAAAUUCAUCAAGAUGAAAAUCCCGGAACGAUACGAGAAGGUGAAACGGUUUGAGCUCUGCUUGAAUUGUCUUUCGUCGUCACACAUGGUUCGAGUAUGUACGGCUGGCGUAUGUCGAUACUGCCAGAGGAAGCACCAUUCGCUUCUCCACUCCGGAGGCUUCAACAGUGGAAAGUCAACUGCACCAACACCACAGAGCGACUCCUCCGGCCCACAAAUUCAGAAUCGAUCACAGACGACAAACCCACAGCAACCACAGCCACAAGCCCAGAACCAACCAACCCAGACUCAGACAGCUGGUCCCAGUACCAGCUCCUUUCCCAUUGCAAACACAAGUUCGCUCUCGCAAACACCACCACAACCCACCACAGAUCCUACACUUCCAUGCAAUUCUCUCCCCGCCACGAUACACACCCCACCUCGUCAAGUUUUGCUCUCAACGGCACUCGUUCGUGUGUCGGACAAGUUCGGAAAUACCCAGCUAGCUAGAGUCCUUUUGGAUUCCUGUUCCGAAUAUUGCUUCGUCACAACAAGCCUUUCGCAAAGGUUGAGGUUGGCGGAAACGUCCAGCUACCUGUCCGUAGCCGGAAUCGGAGGAUCCGUGGUCAAGUCAACAAAGAUGGUGGAAGCUAAAAUUACUGCAAGAUCCUCUCGUAUCUCCGAGUACUCCGAAAACAUCCAGCUUCACGUGCUUCCUAGACUCACCUCAGAAUUGCCGAUAAAUCCAGUCAACGUACAAGAGUUGGCCAUUCCCAGCGGAUUCAUCUUGGCGGACCCGAACUUCCACAAGCCAGGUCCGAUCGACAUCAUUAUAGGCGCAGAGUACUACUACGACUUGCUCCGGGAGGACAAGGUGAAACUUUCCGACGAUGGACCAACGCUGCAAAGUACCGUCUUCGGAUGGGUGGUCUCAGGACGUAUUUCUGGGAACGCUGUCGAGGUUCCUACAACAGUUUCUCACUCCUGUUCCACUCUCGAUCUACGAGAGCUCAUAGCCAAGUUUUGGGAACUGGAGUCCUGCAAUAGUUCGAGCACUUUGUCGGUCGAAGAAACUAUAUGUGAAGACAUCUAUGAGAAAACGACUGUACGAGAUAACGAAGGAAGAUUUGUCGUAACGCUUCCCAAGAAAGAGCACGUCAUCAGCCAACUGGGAGACUCCAAAGCCAUCGCUCUAAAGCGCCUCCACGGAAUGGAGAGAAGAUUCGCAACGAACGAAAAGUUGAAGGUACUCUACAUCGACUUUGUCCAGGAAUACCUUUCCAUGAACCACAUGCGUGAAGUCGAUGCUGGAGAAGACAAAAGGCCAUCAUAUUAUCUACCUCAUCACGCAGUGCUCAAACCUGACAGCACCACCACCAAGUUAAGAGUAGUGUUUGAUGGUUCCUGCCGCUCCUCGUCUGGAGUGUCCUUGAACGACGGCCUAAUAGUAGGACCUGUGGUGCAGGACGACCUGUUCUCCAUCAUCCUGCGUUUCCACUCUUGGGAAUUCGUGCUGGUAGCGGAUAUUGCGAAGAUGUACCGCAUGGUGAAGGUGGCGGAAGACGAUCAGCCAUUUCAGCGGAUUUUGUGGAGGGAUUCACCUGAUCAGCCUGUCAGGACCUACGAGUUAACCACCGUCACCUACGGAACCGCAUCAGCGCCAUAUCUGGCGACCAAAUGCCUUCAACGGCUAGGCACAGAAGGUGAGACCUCCCACCCGACAGCCGCAAAGGUCGUUCGAAAGGACUUUUACGUUGACGAUUUGUUAACCGGUACCGACAGCAUCGAAGAAGGGAAAGCACUCGCCACGGAGCUCAUUUCCCUGACAAACUCAGCUGGCUUCACGUUGCGCAAGUGGAGCUCGAACAGUUCCGAGCUGAUGUCUACGAUUCCAGCAGAACUUCGAGAUGAACGCACCACCCUGGAACUAGAUUCGUCGACGUCGGUUGUAAAAACGCUUGGGCUUACUUGGGAACCGGCCAAGGACAUCUUCAAGUUUGCCGUACCACGCUGGAGCUCUGAGCCAACCAUCACCAAGCGGGUCGUUCUCUCCGACACUGCUCGCAUUUUCGAUCCACUGGGCCUCCUCGGUCCGGUAACUGUCCAAGCGAAAAUAUUUCUCCAGCAGCUUUGGAAGCAGAAGUCGGAUUGGGAUGAUGCCUUGCCAGAAACCUUUCAGGCCUUCUGGAACGAAUUUCGUCGGAACGCCGGCGCCCUCGAGUCUCUCUCGGUUCCACGAUGGACCGGCUUCAGUAGCGGUUUAGCGUCGGUGGAACUGCAUGGGUUUUGCGAUGCGUCGGAGGCAGCAUAUGGUGCCUGCCUGUAUCUGCGGUGCGAAUCACCGGACGGAUCAGUUAUCGUCCGCCUCAUCACUUCGAAAUCGCGCGUAGCGCCACUGCACAAUG